GGCAGGCUCCUGGGAGGAAGCGGGCGGUGGCACACACAGGGCGGCGAGAGCGCGCGGGGCAAGGGCCAGGAAGGCGAACCGCUCCCUAACCCACGACCCUGAUCCAUACCUCUCUCUUCUUCCCCUCACCCACCCCGAGACUGGCCCGCCUCGACCCUCUCCAGCUCCCGGAACCUUGGGGACGCGGAACCUCCGCGCCGGAGCGCGGGCGCGGGGGACCCGGAGGGCAAUGGAGAAGGCGCGCGGGCCGCGGGCCGAGGCCGACUCUCCAGAGGAGGAGGAAGAGGAGGGCCCGGCGGGCCGCGGCCCGCUACCGGCCGCAGCCAGUGGCGCAGGUCCGGCGGUCCUGCAGGUCGCCGGCCUCUACCGGGGCCUGUGCGCGGUGCGCAGCCGCGCCCUGGGCCUGGGACUCGUGUCGCCAGCGCAGCUGCGUGUGUUCCCCGUGCGCCGCGGCUCAGGCGGGCCGGGGGGCGCCGACGGCAGCGGGGUCGGGGCAGAGCUGGAAGCCAAUCCCUUCUACGACCGCUAUCGCGACAAGAUCCAGCAGCUGCGCAGGUCAGACCCAGCUGCUUUUGAGUCUCGCCUGGAGAAGCGCAGUGAGUUUCGGAAGCAGCCAGUGGGGCACUCCAGGCAGGGUGAUUUCAUCAGAUGUGUGGAGGAGAAGACAGACGCCUUGGGGAAACACCCUCUAAGCAGAGGAUUCACUAAGAACAAGACUCUCAGUUCAAUCUUUAACAUUGAGAUGGUGAAAGACAAAACAGCAGAAGAAAUAAAACAGAUUUGGCAGCAAUAUUUUGCAGCAAAAGACACAGUCUACGCAGUUAUUCCUGAAAAGAAGUUUGAUUUGAUCUGGAACCGGGCUCAAUCCUGUCCAACAUUUCUGUGUGCACUGCCCAGAAGGGAAGGUUAUGAGUUCUUUGUAGGACAAUGGACUGGUACUGAACUCCACUUCACUGCACUUAUAAAUAUUCAGACUCGAGGGGAAGCUGCUGCCAGCCAGCUGGUUUUAUAUCACUACCCUGAACUUAAGGAAGAGAAGGGCAUAGUGCUAAUGACAGCAGAAAUGGAUCCCACGUUUCUGAACAUCGCAGAGGCACAGUGUAUCGCCAACCAAGUUCAGCUCUUCUAUGCUACGGAUCGGAAAGAAACCUUUGGCUUAGUGGAGACCUUUAACUUCAGACCAAAUGAGUUCAAAUACAUGUCUGUCAUCGCUGAAUUGGAGCAAAGUGGACUGGGAGCACAACUGAAAUGUACCCAGAACCAGGAUAAGACUUAGCACUGUAAGGGCUGGCCCUUCAAAGAGUCGGCUCAGCCUGGGAAGGGUAGAGCCCACCCACCUCCUUGAACUCAAAAGCACAGCGUCUAUGAUGAACAGCGUGUGGUGAGCUGCCCUGAAUGCUUAUUGUAAGCAGUGAUUGUAGAUAUGUGUCCUAUUACUUGAUAUUCAGGAACGAAGGUACCAAGUAUUCUGAUCAUUAUUUCUCGGCAUAUGUGAGGUUUCUCUUUAAGUAUUCGAUGCCAUAGCAAGAGACAGCCUGGACUUACAAGAUUAUCGACUAGAUUUUAUACAGUAUAACAGUGGAGUUGCAUUCUGGCCAUUCUGACCUCAUAGCUCCCAGAUGAUCAGUUCUUCAUUGUUAUGGACUUGUGACAGGAUAACAAGCUUGAAGACCUGCUCUUAGGUAUGGGCUUUAUGUACAGUUCCCACGUGCCGGUGAGCUGGCCAAAGGCAUAACCAAAUAUUCUGUUUAGACUCUAGGAAAACCAGGUAUUCCCAUCAGGGUAAAGACUUCAUCUAGAUGCCCCCCAGAUUUGCCUUUAGUGUAGUAGAUUUAAGGGUGCGGGCGAAUUUCGGGUAUAGUUAGAUAAACAGUAUCGUGCCUGCAUAGUAAUAAACCGGAGCUCAUGGCACCUGCUCCACUAGCUCUGCUUAUUAGAAACCAUGUUGUAAAGGGGGCACAUCAGCACAGUGUGAGUAGAUUAAAACACUUUCUUAGGGAGAAAAUAGACCCAGAUUUGCAUGAUUUUUUAAAAACAACUCUAAGCAUUAUAUGAAAAAGAAACAGAUGUUCCCAGAUUGAGUAUAAGAAAAAUGUAGCAAUAAGAUAAAGUCCAUCUUACCAUCUUUGUUACACAAAAUGGCGAAGUCUACACUACGUGCUGUCCGUAGAGUCAGUGCUGUGGGCUGAUGUUAUCACAAGUCAUCUUAGAACUCAGCAAUUACUUGAAAUGCCAGAAAUAAGAAAGUGGUUCACCAGCACGGAAACUCCACGUUUGUUGUGUGGUGUUCCUGCUGUGGCUCCAAGCUCAGUGGUAGAAGAGGAUGGUGGUCACACACCAGCCCUCCGAACCUGAGGCCCCGGGUGCCUUCCAGUGCUGCUGUUGACCACCCUUGCUCUGCCUCCCUCUUCGUGACCUGACAUACUCCCCUUUGCCGCUUCUGCCUCAGGUCUGGUUGGAUGACGCUGACUGUGGUGAGUGGGAGUUUAAGACUAUCGGCAGAUUGCGUGUAUGUGUGUGUGUACAUCUUCUUCGUUACAGAAGAUUUUUUUUAUAGGAUCAGCCUGUCCCCAAGCUUUUUAAAUAGGAUUAGACUUCUCUUUAUUUUUCUUUUCUUUUUCUUUUUUUGCAGCUGUGAGUCUGUGUGUAGAGAAAGACAGGUGGUGGGCACCAAACCUGGGAAAGCUGCUAUUUUUCCUACUGCAAAUUUUAGACCUGCCUCUGGUCCUGGUGGGUGAGCUUUUAAGGAACUUGGAUCUUACUAGCUUUGGCAUGUUCCCUAAAUGCCCUCUGACCUCCGGGAUGCCUUGAGUCCCAGGAAUGUUGGGCCUGAGGUGAGGGUGCUCUCGUGGAUACCCAGCCAGGUUUGCUUUCCCUCCCUAUGAUCCAGUUCUUAGCCAGAGCACGUUUCAUAAUGCUUCCACCAGAGGGUGAGAAAAUGAUGGGAAAAGGAGUAAGAGACAACUGCUCACCCUAUCGCCCUUUGCAGCUUUGCCCCUAAUCCCCACUUGCCAAAGAAUGAUGUAUCCAUGGAUAAUUGCAUUGGACAUGACUAAGUACAGUCUGGAAGUUCUUUUUAUUUAUCUACUGAGAGAGAUCUAACAAAGAACCAAAAGAAAAAAUUUGAUCAAUCAGUUUGUUCCUUGGUGCCAGCACAGGGGACAGGUUUUAGAGUUAAGUGAAUCUGGGUUCAGAUGUCAGUGUUGCUCUGUAAUGUUGAACAAAUUGUUUAAACUCUCUAAUUCUAUUGUUUUCAUCUAUAAAAUGGGGAUAAUAAUAUCUACCUCAUAGGAUUAUUGUGAGAAUUAGCGUAUAUGUAGACUACAGGGAACUUAAUAAAUGUCAUCUCCCUCCCCUACUUCCUCUGCCCCACAUUAAAGUCUGUGGCCCAGCCAUGGUAACAUGCGCUGGACGCUGUUGCUCAGCAGGCUGGGGCCACACAGGAGGCCCAGGUUCAAAUCCUGGCUCACCCUAAAAGCCACACAUGUGGCUACACACCUAUAGUCCCAGAACUUGGGAGGCUGAGACAGGAGGACCAUGAAAUAGUGAAAUUCUGUCAAAAAAAUUAAAUAUAAAAAAAAGACUAACAGAUUAGCAUUACAGAUGUCCAGAUCAUUCUUCAUUCCAAUUUAAAGAACAAUCCUUUUCUCUCCGGUUCUCAAACUUUAAGAUGCAGUAAAAUCACCUAGAACACUUGAAACUAAGGAUUCCUAGUCCUCAAACCCCCAGCCUGCUGAAUCGGAAUGUUUGCAGAAAGCACUGAGAAUCUAUGUUUUAAUAUGUGUCCCAGUGAUUAAGAUAUAGGUAAUUAGCUAGCUGCACUUUGAGAACCAUUGCCUUAUUUAUCCUUCAUGAAAAUGCCCUUUUUCCAGGUCUUUAUUUUUUCUGUGGACAUAAGCUGGUUCCUCUGGUCUUUGCCUUCCAUAGUCAUCCCCUUUGCAUACUCUAACUAUAAUAUAUUUGGUUAUUUAUGUGUCUCUUUUCUCCCCCAGACUGUGAGCUCCUUAAGGGCCAGGAUUUAUCUCUAUUUCCAGUGCCAAUGACAUGGCCUGGGCCAACUAUUUGUUGACUAAAUAAAUGAUAUGAACUUUAACCAAAA